CGUGCACUUCCGGGUCGUAGGUUACAGUACACAUGUGAGAACUGAAGAAAGCAGACUCGGACCAGACUACAGCAGGUUUAUCUUCAGUGGACAGGAUGGACGGGAAAGUGAAGGAACAGAAGCGGCAUCAGCAGAAGCACAGCGGGCCGAAGGCCGAGAGGAAGAAGCUCAAGAAGCAGGGAGGCUCCACGGAAGAGGAUGCACGCAAACGCAACCCCAAAGCGUUCGCGGUGCAGUCCGCCGUCCGCAUGGCCAAGACGUUCCACAGGUCCCAGGACAUAAAGACCAAAAAACAUCACGUCCCCCAUGUAGACCGGACUCCCUUGGAACCCCCUCCAGUUGUGAUUGUAGUAGUCGGGCCUCCCAAAGUGGGAAAAAGCACCCUGAUCCGCUGCCUGAUCAAAAAUUUCACCCGACAGAAGCUUGGGGACAUAACUGGACCUGUAACCAUCGUCUCUGGAAAAAAGCGCCGCCUCACUUUCAUGGAGUGCAGCAAUGACAUCAACACAAUGAUCGACCUCGCAAAAGUCGCCGACCUGGUGUUGAUGCUGAUCGACGCCAGCUUUGGCUUCGAGAUGGAGACUUUUGAGUUCCUCAACAUCUGCCAGGUGCACGGCUUCCCUCGCAUCAUGGGCGUGCUGACUCACCUGGACUCCUUCAAGAACAACAAGGUGCAGAGGAAGACCAAGAAGAUCCUCAAGCAUCGCUUCUGGACGGAGGUGUAUCAGGGCGCCAAGCUGUUCUAUCUGUCUGGUGUGGUGUACGGUGAAUAUCAGACUCAGGAGGUGAAGAACCUCGGCCGCUUCAUCUCGGUCAUGAAGUUCCGUCCUCUGGUGUGGCAGACCUCCCACCCGUAUGUGCUGGUCGACCGUAUGGAGGACUUAACUGACCCGGAGAGGCUGAGGACAGACCCCAAGUGUGACCGGACAGUGUCGCUCUAUGGCUACCUGCGAGGGACACAUUUGAAAAACAAAGGCCAGGUCCACAUCCCAGGCGUAGGAGACUUUCAGGUGGCGGACGUGAACUUCCUGCCGGACCCGUGCGCCCUGCCAGGCGCUCAGAAGAAGAGAGCGCUGAACGAGAAGGAGCGUCUGCUCUACGCACCCAUGGCUGGCGUCGGGGGGGUCGUGUACGACAAAGACGCAGUGUAUAUCGACCUUCCUGCUAGCCACGUCAAUCAGCAUCAGGUGUGUGUGUGUGUGUGUGUGUGUGUGUGUGUGAUGGGUCCCAAACACAGAAUAUUUGACUUCUUAUUUUCUGUGACUUUAUGUGCUUUAAAGCUUUUACAUUUGACCAAUUGUCAGGAGGAUGAUGUUUUAUCUUGUAUAACUUGUGAUCAGCAGAAAAGUGAAAAUGACGACGAUGAUGAUGAUGAUGAUGUUCACGAAGCGAGUGUGGUGAAGGUGGACGACGAUGAGGUCCAGAAGAACAAGCGUCUGGAGAAGAAACAGAGGCUGAAGGAGAGAUUCAAUUCAGAGUACGAUGACGGAGACGCCACUUACUUUGAUGACCUGAAGGAGGAGAUGCAGAAGCAGGCCGAGCUGAACAGGGCAGAGUUCGAGGAUGUGGACGACGAGACCAGAGUGCAGUACGAAGGCUUCCGACCAGGAAUGUACGUCCGAUUAGAAAUCUCCUCCCUUCCCUGCGAGUUUGUCACCAACUUUGAUCCCCACUAUCCCAUCAUCCUCGGAGGUCUGGGCUCGGCUGAGGGCAACGUAGGAUACCUGCAGAUGCGGCUGAAGAAACACCGCUGGUAUAACCGCAUCCUGAAGACGCGGGACCCCCUCAUCCUGUCACUAGGCUGGCGGCGCUUCCAGACCAUCCCGCUGUACCACAUUGAGGACCACAACGGACGCCACCGCCUGCUCAAAUACACCCCGCAGCACAUGCACUGUGGAGCCUCCAUCUGGGGUCCUGUGACACCACAGGGAACCGGCUUCCUGGCUGUGCAGACAGUAGCAGGAGCUAAGGCUAAUUUCCGUAUUGCAGCCACAGGAGUGAUCCUGGACCUGGAUAAGUCAGUGACUGUAGUGAAGAAGCUCAAGCUCAUCGGCUACCCCUACAAGAUCUUCAAGAACACCUCCUUCAUUAAGGGCAUGUUCAACACCGUGCUGGAGGUGGCGAAAUUCGAAGGCGCUUCCGUGCGAACAGUAUCUGGGGUCAGAGGUCAGAUCAAGAAGGCGCUGUCUACUCCAACAGGAGCCUACAGAGCCACGUUUGAGGACCGUCUGCUCAUGAGUGACGUCGUGUUCCUGCGCUCCUGGUUUCCGGUGUCCGUUCCUCAGCUCUACAACCCCGUCACAUCUCUGCUGCUGCCCGCCGGUCAGAAGGACGGCUGGGCGGGCAUGAGGACCCUGGGGCAGCUCAAACACGACCUGGGCAUCCGCAACAAACCCAACGCGGACUCUCUGUACAAGCCGGUGGUCCGAGCCCCAAGGCACUUCAACCGCCUCCACAUCCCCAAGGAGCUCCAGAAGGCCCUGCCCUUCAAGAGCAAACCCAAACAGCAGCAACCCAAAGGAAAGACGCCCAGAGAUCUGAGGAGGCCCAGUGUGAUCAGAGAGCCCCACGAGAAGAAGGUGGUGGCCCUGCUCCACGCUCUGAGCACGGUCCACAACUACAAGAGGAAGAAAGCCCACACGAUGCAGCACGCCAAACACAAGGAGUUCCUGCAGCAAAAGGAAAAGCUGGAGGAGGCCAAGCUGAAGAGACAGAAGGAGGCACGGAAAAAACUGUACCGCGCUAUGGGCCAGGCGGACCAGAAGAAGCACAGGUCCAGUCUGAAGGGGGCGCCCCAGGACGACUAACUCACUGGAUCUGGACUCUGCAGACUGACAUGCGUGGUCUGCUCUUUGGACUGUUGACAUGCCGUCAUAACUCUGGCAGAAAUGUUUUAAAUGUAUUUUUCUAGAUGUAUUGAUAUUAAACAUCAGCUGAAAAGGAAAAUUGAACUUUGAAGGAAAAUUGAAUUGUAGAAACUGUCUUCCUGUCAACAAAAUGAUGUACCUGUAUGUUGGAGCAUUGGGUCACUCGUCCUGACGGUUGGUGAUUCUUAUGAUCUCACCGUGUCAUGGAGAUGUUAUGUCACCUCACUAGUCCGUCUUUAUGAAGCUCAGGAUGUUCCAGUAAUAUAAAGUUAACAUGCUCUCUGUAGUGCUGAUGAAGGAAUAAAACAAAGUGUUCCUUACUUACACGGUGGAAGCUUCAGAAGACCUCGGCUCCUUCAAGGGUUCCUUCAGUGUGUAUCAUGUGCACCUGCGCCCAGCGACACGCUGCUCCUCUUCUACAGCUACAACCUGUUCCUCUCAGUCCAGGUUCUGAGUCAACGGUCUCCUUCGUGUAUCCGUACUGCACUAAAGAGCCCAAUCUCACUGAUUCUCAUCCCGAACAGAUGAACGAGUGCUGAACGAACCAGUGAAGGAAUGAAUGUCAGUUCCUUUGAGUUAUGACUGGUAGCUAUGGCAGCAUCAAGCAGAGACAUACACCAUCAUGGUCCAUUUGACAGAAUAUCCAUAUUCUGUCAAAACAUUGACUUUUAAAGUCACAAUUAUGGGAUUGACCUUUCAUUUUACUUUCAUAUUUUUAUGUAAAAAAGGCUGAUUUAUGUUAUGAUUUUGACUUAGUAGGUUGUACAUCAUAUGUUUAGAUUGUCUUAAUCUUUACAUUACAUAGCCAAAGUUUUAGUUGAAUCAAAGUGUCAUCCUAACAUUUGAGUCCUGGUAGAUUUAAGUUUCUAUUGUAAUCAUGGAAUAUCACCACAGACACCGAGUUCAUAAUACUGCAAAUAUAUCAAUACUUUCAUCAGUGGGCUCAAUCACCACAGUUACCUCCUUUAGAUAUGAUGAUGAUAUGAUAAGAAGUCAUUGAAGGUUCUUCCACUAAUUCAUCAGGUACGUGCAUCUGCUGUCAUGGAGGUCCAUCAUCUCCUCCAGCUCUUCUUCCUUCCUUUAUUCCGCUCAGUUUGUAAAUCUCUUCCUGCUGUGUUUUGCUCUGAUGCACCGUCAGGUGGUGGAGGACUGCUACCACACCUUUAAUAUCUGACAUGUGACUGAUACACGAGAGAGCUGGACGUCCACCCUGCUGCAUCCUCCAAGAGUCACAGGGCCCAGACGGAUCACGUUCAUGCACCUGCUGCCUCCAGGUUCACAGCAACACGAGGGAACAGUUACCGUGUAUCCAUUUUUUGAAUAAAGGAAUAAAUAUUAACACACCACUAUGUGAAUUCUUAGAGAGCUAUGGAUCAUACAAGUUACAAACAGACAAAGAAAGGACCUCCCUCUGUUGCAGAUACAAAUAUGUCAGAUCUCUAAACCAACAGCUUGAACAU